AUACCAUUGAAGCCUUCUCAUAGACCAUUUGGGACAUCACCACGGCAACUGCAUACUUGACAAUUGAGACGGUCACAAAUCAAGUGUGGAAAAAAAGAGAGCAGAUAGGAACACAGCGCUUGAGAGCCAACAGCAGCAGCGGAUGCUUUAGACGGAGUCGGCGUGCCGAUCACCACACAUACUGCGCUCGCUGCAGCUAUGGAAGGGAAAACAACAUUUUGGGACUUUUGGGGGACCCGAAAGGAGCAAGACGCACUUGCCAGAAGAAUCAGUCAGCGGAAGCCCCUACCUUCCCACCUGGGCAAGUUGCUUGGCAACAGCGCUGUGAGGGCGCAGCUGGGCAAAAGCGAGAUGGUGGCCCUACUGCCCCCCGUGGGUACGGAGGUCUUCCGGAAAUUGACGAGAGCGUCGCUGGAGGAGAUCCGUGAAAUAGAAGGAAAGGAGGACAAGAUCCUGGUAGCGGAAAAACUGCGGAAGCCAAGUGGGGACUUGGAGAGUGGGAAGCCCCUCCCGUUCAUCUUCGGGGAGCCGGCCCCCGAAUUUGUCAACAUCCCUCUGGAGGAGCUGGAUCCCUUCUACCAAUCGCAGAAGACAUUCGUUGUUUUGGAUAGAGAAAAGAUUUUGCACAGAUUCAAUGCCGAUUCCGCUUGUUGCCUGCUAACGCCUUUCAAUUUGAUGAGGACCACCGCCAUUAGGAUAGUCCUCCACUCAUUUUUCCGUGCCUUUAUCCUGCUGACAGUUUUGACCAAUUGUGUGUUCCUUACAAUGGCCCAGCUGCCGGAGUGGAGCAAGUUCCUUAAAUACGCUUUUAUCGCCAUCUACACACUUGAGGCGCUGGUCAAACUUGCCGCUCGAGGAUUCUGCGUCGGUCGCUUCACCUUCCUCUGGGAUCCGUGCAACUGGUUGGACUUGAUGGUCAUCUGCACGGCAUAUCUGACAGAAAUAGUGGCUGCACCCAGUCUCUCUGCUUUUCAAGUACUUCCAGCAUUAAAGAUCAUCACAGCAAUACCAGGUUUGAAGAGGACCCUCGGUGAGCUCCUGCAAUCCAUGAAGAAGAUGGGCCACGUCGUGGCGCUGAGCCUGGUCACCCUCGGCGUCCUGGCCACGCUCGCGCUGCACAACUUCAUGGGCUUCUUGAGGCAAAAGUGUGUGCUGAUGGCACCUAGCAACCACUCGUUGGAAGGGUUAGAUUAUCAAGAACAUAUCAACAACCCCGCCCACUAUUAUUAUCUACCCGAAGACGUCGAUGCUCUACUGUGCGGAAACCGCUCCGAUGCCGGGAUCUGUCCUGAGGGUUACACGUGUCUGAGGGCGGGGCGGAACCCAAAUUACGGCUACACGGGCUACGAUUCCUUCGGUUGGGCUUUCCUUGCUUUGUUCCGAUUGGCGACUCAGGACUUUUGGGAGAACCUUUACCAACUGGUGUUGCGCUCAGCCGGUAAAUGGUACACCGUCUACUUCGUUGUCGACCUGGCGCUCGGCUCCUUUUGCCUCGGCGGCCUGAUUGUGGCCACGCUCGCCGCGGUGUCCGUGGAGCGAAAGUGGGCCCGGAUGGCCGAGGACGAUCGGAAGGACAAAGAGUUUGUGCGCAUAUCCCAAUUGCUGAAGAAGAAAGAAGAGCAGGAGGCUGGCAGCAUUUGCCUCACUGAGAUGCAGCAUUCGUCAGCAGCCGAGGAAGGUGUUGUUACUCAACGUGAGGAUGUGCAAAAGCCACGUUUAGCGUGCUGCUCCAUUUUCACCGACAUCUUCCUCAAGUGGUCCUGCUGCAGCCGUUGCUGGGCAAAACGCCAUCUUUGCCGUUUUGUCAACGACCCCUUCUUUGAUCUUGCCAUUGUGAUCUGCAUUGUGCUUAACACCAUUUUCAUGGCAAUGGAACAUUUUCCUCUAACGCAACAGUUUUACGACCAGCUCAGCUUAGCAGGACUGGUCUUUACAAUAAUUUUUACAGGAGAGGUGGCCCUCAAACUUCUUGCCAUGGGUCCGUAUUGCUACUUCCAGGUUGCCUGGAACAUCUUUGACAGCGUCAUUGUCGCACUUACUCUGCUUGAGUUCGGACUGCCAGACAUGUAUAUGGUGAGCGCUCUUGGACGAUUCAGUGUGUUGAGAGUUUUUAGGUUGGCCAGGUGGUGGCCUUCCUUCAACGCUUUGUUAAAGUUCAUCGCAAAGUUGUUGGGGGCAGCGAGGCACUCGGCUCUGCUUCUGGCCGUCAUCACCCUCACCUUGGCUGCUGCCGGGAUGCGGCUCUUUGGAAAAAACUACAAAGACUACGUGUGUCGCAUCUCCCAAGAUUGCCGGCUUCCUCGCUGGCACAUGAGCGAUUUCUUCCACGCCGCCUUCUUAGUCUUCCGAGCACUUUGCGGGGAAUGGAUCGAGACAAUGUGGGAUUGCAUGGAGGUCGCGGGUCAGCCCGCGUGCCUCGCCUUCUACGCGGUGGUGGUGGUCGUCGGACGGCUGGCGGUGUUGAAUUUGUUCCUGGCCUUGUUGAUGAAUGGAGAUCAUCGGCCGACUUCACAAGGAGAAGGACAGAACAAUCUGAAGACGGCCUGUAACCGGAUCUGCGGGGCUAUGAUUAGGCUAAAGUCCCGGGUCCGGGAGUGUACAGGCAAGAAGACGGGACGGAAAACCCUGUCGAAAAUCCGUCUAAAUCCUCCCGUCACGGGACUUAAGAGCGAUGACGCCGGCCAGAAGGAGUUUUUGGCACUUACUUUUGUAAGUUCAGAAACGGCCGGAUCCGAGUUGGAGGACCUUGGCCGUCAUCAAGUCUACACUGGUACCUUGCAAACAUCUGGAAAUGAAGAUGACAGCCAGGAAAAGGAUUUGCAUAACGGGGAGUCGUCUGCGCACGCGCCAAAACCCGAUGGCAGAAACGUACCCGUCGAGUGCUUCGGUGACCAGUGUUACGAGUGCUGCCCGAUCCUUAACAUGGACUCCUGUCCGGCCGGACUCCGGAUCUGGACCAAUGUGAGGAAAGCGUGCCUCUCCGUGGUUGAAAACAAAUACUUCCGAGCUUUCGUUACACUCGUUAUCCUGAUGAGCAGUGCAAAACAGGCCAUCGAAGACGUCUACCUAGAGAAGCGAUUGCUAAUCAGGAGCAUUUUGGAGUACGCCGACCUGGUGUUCACGUGCGUCUUUGUGCUGGAGAUGUUUCUGAAGUGGUUCGCCGAUGGAUUGAAAAAGUACUUUACUGACGCUUGGUGCCUGCUGGACUUCCUCAUUGUGCUUAUCUCUCUGCUUUCCACGGUUCCCACCUUGCUGGGAGUUCCCCAAACGCCGGCCGUACAGUCCUUGAGAACUCUCAGACCUUUGAGGGUCUUGUCUCGCUUUGAAGGCUUGAAGGUGGUGACGACAACGCUCAUUGGCGCUAUCCCGUUCAUCUUGGACGUGCUGCUCGCCUGUCUGACACUCUGGUUGAUAUUCAGCAUUACGGGAGUGAGGAUGUUCGCUGGAAAGUUUAUGUACUGCUACAACGGCACGUCCGAAGAGUACUUUUCCGCUACGGACGUCGACAACAGGACGGAGUGUCUUGUGCUGAUAGAGCAAAACUUCACCGAAGUCCGCUGGAAGAAUACCAUCAUGAAUUUUGAUAAUGUGGCGAUCGGUUACCUGUCACUUCUCCAAGUGGCAACCUUUAAAGGCUGGAUGGAUAUAAUAUAUGCAGCGACAGACUCCAAACAGAUUGAAAGGCAGCCCGAGUACGAGGCCAAUGUGUACAAGUCCCUCUACUUUGUGAUUUUUAUCAUCUUUGGAUCCUUCGUCACUUUCAACUUCCUAAUCGGCGCCAUCAUCGAAUACCUCAAGCAGCGCAAAGCCAAGAUAGGAGGAACAGGUCUUUUCAUGACGACGUACCAGAUGAAAUGCUACAAUUCCAUCAAGCGCUUUAGGCCUAAGCAGAACUGGAGUUCUGUUCCCAGACCGCAAAAUAAAAUUCAGGCGCUGCUUUUUGACCUGGUGACCAAAGCCUCCUUUGACAUCUUCUUCAUGGUGUUCGCUUGCCUUCAAGUGAUCCUUUUGGCAGUGGAAACAUCAGAGGACAGCAUUCAGAAGGAUGAUAUUCUACACUGGAUGCACUUUGUCAUCAUCGUCAUCUUCACAGUAGAGUGUGUCCUGAAGAUCGCGGCGCUCCGAAAGCACUACUUUACAUUUGGAUGGAACAUCUUUGACUUUGUGCUGGUCAUCCUCUUCAUUGUGGGACUUUUCCUGGCGGACCUGAUGGAAAAGUACUUUGUCCACUCGUCGGCACUCUUCGGCGUGAUCCGAUUGACUCGCGUCUGCCGAAUCCUUCACCUCCUUCGCGUCGCUAAGGGCGUACGAAGACUGAUCCUUGUUUUGAUGAGGUCCCUUCCGGCGCUCUUAAACAUCGGCUUCUUCCUCUUCCUGGUCACCUUCACUUUCUCAGUCUUCGGCAUGAAAAACUUUGCUCACGUGAAGAAAGGAGCCAUGCUGGACGACAUGUUUAACUUUGAGACAUUUGCGAACGGCGCGCUGUGCAUGUUCGCUAUAGGCACGUCGGCCGGGUGGGACGGUUUGCUCUUGCCCCUCAUGAGCGUGCCGCCCGACUGCAAUCCGUACACGGAACAUACGGGAACGUCCAUCCGCGGAGACUGCGGCAGGCCGGCGGUGGGCGUCGUCUUCGUCGUCUCCUACAUUAGUCUGUCCUUCCUGGUAGUGGUCUGCAUGUACGUCGUGGUCCUUUUGGAAAACUUCAAAACGAUCGGCGAGGAGAGCGCCGACGAGCUCGCCCGGUCCGACUUCCAGAUGUUUGGUGAAACCUGGAAGAAGUUUGACCCGCAGGCGUCCCACUUAAUUCACUCCAGCCAGCUGUCCGAUUUCUGCGACGAUCUGAAGGAGCCGCUGCGGAUGGCCAAACCGAACGGCGUCAAAGUCGCCGGCAUGGAUUUGCCGCUGCUCGCAGGGGACAACGUCUACUGCGUGGACCUCCUGGUGGCCCUCGUCAUUCAGGCGCGUGGAAUUUCAGGGGAAAUGGACAAGACGGCUCUAAAAGCCAGCAUGGAAGAGAAGUUCCUGGCUGGUAGCCAAGCCAAAGACGCAAGACACUAUGAGCCAAUUAGCAGUACUCUGAGAAGGAAGCGGGAAGAUGUGGCUGCGGCAGUCAUCCAGAAAGCCUACAGGAGACACGCGACGCGGGCCACGGGUCCGACGGGAAAGUCCGGCGCCGACGCAUAUCCAUAGGAAGAGCCGUUGCGCAGCGCUCCGGCGGCGUGCCGUGAUGAGCGAACGGAAGCCUCGGUCUUGAUGAAGUUAGCCAAAAUGUUAUUCUGUAGACUUUGAUAUUAACAGCUGUAAUUACGCUAACUAACCUAAAUGACAGCAUAACAGUCAGCUUUGAAACCACAUACUAUACAGCAGACCAGUAGUCUCAGUAAAAUACUCCAAUAAGUUUCCAACUAUUUCAGAUGAGCAUAUAUUGUAGCAUCUAUGAGGAAAAUGCCAACUUCGAGGUAAUACGCACUCAGCAGGAAAACAUGACUUUUGUUUUUUUUUUUACCUAGUUAUGCUUUUAGUAUUUUCUGCAGCUCAGUGUCAUGGUCCUGGCCAGUUUUUUUUUUUUUUUUUUUUAUAUUAGCCGGCCUCCCCGGCUAGCCGGCUCAGGAUCCUAUCACUUCUCAGCAGGGUUCGUUAACAGGACGGCCAGCUCAAGUGGAUACGCGCCAUCGAAAGAUCACUUCCAAAUGACUCCAUGCGGAAGGAAAACAUAUCAGUAGACAGAAGACGAAUAAUGAACUCAACUCGACAUGUUGACAUGAGAGCAAAAUAGCAAGAGAGCUGACCGUUUGGCAAAUCUUUCUCAAACGUUCUCAACCUUUAGUCAAAAAAGCUGAAGAUUGGACUAGCUGUACAUUUGACAAUACAGUGGUACCUCGACACACGAUCGCAUCGGCACACAUCUUUUCGACAUCCGACGUAAAAUUUGACUCGCCAUUUGUUUCUAUAGCAUGCCCGAAAUACGACAAUUUACGACAGCGCCGCAGUUUGUUUUCCCGCUAAACGGACGCACGGCGGAUUUUUCUUGUGAAAGAAAUCAACAUAUGUUGCAACAAUAUUAGUGCGGGUGGUGAAAAAAAAAGAAAAAUGAAGAUGGAAAUGAUAGGAAAAUAUGAGUGUGGUG